UUGUUUAGGAAUAAGAAGAGAACAGUUUUCUCCGUAGCAGAUGAACACUCACAAUCUCCGAAGAAUCAUAAAAAGAAAAAAGAUGCUUCAUCUGGUAUUGUCCCAGCAAAAACAAAGAAGGAAUUACAUUAUCAAUACAGUGAUGAGGAGUGUGUGUGUAGUUCAGACUCCCAGCCAAGCAGUGAGGUGGAAACAGAUUCCUCUGGGGAUGACAUGAAUCCGGCCACUCACACACAACAGACACUGGCCCGCCGACUCACCCGUAGAGAGAAGCAACGUGAAGAGCUCAUCAGGAAAAAGAAGGAACAAAACAAGAUAUCCAUGGAUGAUUUUCUGAACAAACAAGUAGAGUUUCACACAUGGAUAGAGGAGGAGAAACAUAAGACUUACAAUCAGAUAUCUUCACCCAAGAAGAAGAUUUACUUUAGGACGUUUAUGAAGCUUUGGAACAAAAGAAAACUGCCUCAGAAAUAUUACAGGGGAUCAGAAGAGAUUCAGAGCCCACACCUAUCACAGAACAACGUCAACUUUAAUGUGUUUGAUGAGCCAGAUGAAUUUUCACACCUUACCGCCAUCAAACGACCCAAGUCAAAGCGACUCUCUGUGGAAAAUGGUGGAUUUCUUGAUUCACCUUUCUCGACUUUUGGGAAGACACCUCCUAAACUGCAGCAUCAAGACAGUUUUGACAAGGAAAACUGUACACCCUUGAGACCUAUCCAUACAUUUGCAUCACCUCAAGUUAAAACCAACAAGAACAGCCACGUGUCACCUAUUCUGGAAUUGAGUGAAUACCAAAUCCCCCUCAAUUCUGUCCGUGUUCCCUCACUCAGCAGCAGCGAGGAUGUUAGUUGUGUGACUGGAGGCAGUCUGAUCCGACCAUACUCUGUGACACCGUUACCAUGGGUUACGGACAGCGACACAUCUUCUGUAAAAUCAGAGAUUACUGAUGACGAAGAUCACUCCAAAAUGACAGCUCCAGUUACUUCUGUAGUAUAUGCUCUGCCACGAAAAACUCAGACCAAGAAAAGUGUUGUACAAGUGAAGAAGUCCUCGCGGCCUCCUCCAGUUCCUCCGAAGCCUCGUUCUGGAUUAGUAAAUUACUGCUCCUCUGUUGAUUCCAACUCUGGUUAUAGUGUUAUUUACCCAAGGUCAGCUCCAGACUCCCUUAGUAUUGACUCUGACCAAUCUGGAGAGUCUGACGUAAGACCAGGGUCUUUGGUAGAUUUCCAUAGCAACAGGUCAUCAAUAUCUGAUCCUGGUCAAAGAAAUGUUUACCCAACCAUGGACUCCAUCAGUCUGAACUCUUUUGAAUCAGAUCCUGGCUUACAUGCUAACCUAUCUCGUCCAGAUGACAGCAGUACCAAGUCCUGUUGUGUUAUAGAGAGUGAUGAAGACCUACCAUUACCUCCACCUCCAGAGUUACCAUCAGUUCUCCUGGACUACACACAGUCAGACCUACCUCCUCCCCCAGACUCCCCUCACACCAACAGCUGCCCAGAAUUUCCAAGUGUCCCUUUUGAACUGAUGGAUCCACAGCAUCAAGUCACUAAUGUGUCGAUGGAUGUCAACAUAAAGAAUAAUUUUGAAAGGACAAAAUGCAAGACUGAAAAUCACACGGGCAGUUCUUCAGUCAACCCUCCCCAAAUAGGAGGCAUCCAGCUCUCCUCACUGGCCAGUCCACAAAAAGGCAGUCUGGGAUGGUGUCGUGCUGUGACAGCUAAACCCUACUCAGCUCCAUCACGUACUGUGUCCAAAGUCUUGCUCCAAGGCACAGAAAGUACCAGCAUACCAUUACAGGGUCAAAGGUCACAGGUGGGCCAAAAAAGGGAGCUUGGUAUGCCAUAUAAGAUCUCAACAAACAAGUAUCUAAUGAACUAUGGAGAAGUGGAACAAGCUGUAAGUCACAUUACUAGACAGGAAAACACAACUGUUGAAAAUAUUGCUGAUAGACAGGACAGCCAAUGUACCACAAAUACAGGGAAUGAUGAUGGAGUUGUGUCCCCAGGUUACAUGGAAAUGGACAGAAUCAAAAACACAACUGUAGAAAAGAUUGCUAAUGGACCGGACAACCGUGGUACCACAAAUACAGGAAAUGGUGAUGGAGUUGUGUCCCCAGGUUACAUGGAAAUGGACAGAAUCAAAAACACAACUGUUGAAAAGAUUGCUGAUAGACAGGACAGCCAAUGUACUACAAAUACAGGGAAUGAGGAUGGAGUUGUGUCCCCUGGUUACAUAGAACUAGACAGUAUUCGGACCGUGUGUCCUGAUGGUGUUGCUGCCUCUAACCCACUGAUGUGUACUGAGGAAGUGUCUCUGCCUUCUAUCCCAGGGCAGAGCACAGAAACGGUGUCCAGUGUGUCUGAUAACAGAAGUAUGGAAAUGAGGGGUCAAGAGGUCAAGGACUCUCCUGGCUUUACUGGCAAUAUACAUAGAGAAGCUGAUAUAGAGGUCAGCCCUAAUGUAACAACCAGACGGGGCAGACGACGCAAGACACUGAAGCAGGGCAGCGACUUUACAAUGGACAGCUGUCCUACACUGGAGGAACUCAACUUGUCAAGAGAUAAAGCGACAGGUGAUAUGCCCCAGACAGAGGGACCCCUCACAUCCACAAAGUUGUCUCAAGUAGAGGGACUUUUCACACCCAUGGAAAAGCAAAGAAAGAUUGAUAUGGUUACUGACGUGAACAAUAGACACCAUUCUGAAAAGUCAUAUUCUACAUCAGAAACAUAUUCCGUUGAUGUGCAGAAGUGUAGGAGUGCUUUGCUUCAACAGAAACAUCACCUGGUAACUCGAGAAAAUCCACUUAAUGAUAUGAGAAAAGAUGGAGAGUAUUGUAAGCUGAACAUCCUGAAGGAUUUACCAAAUACUGCGUCAAAAUCAGCAUUAUCAUCUAUUGGUGCAAAACAAUGCUGUACAGAACAGCAGUUACAUGGAAUAGUGAAUAGUCAGGGAUCACUAAGCACAAACAUGCAAUCACCAAGGUCACUUAGCACAGACCAGCAAACAUCAGGGUUAAUUAACACAGACCAACAAACAUCAGUGUUAAUUAGCACAGACCAACAAACAUCAGGGUUAAUUAACACAGACCAGCAAACAUCAGGGUUAAUUAGCACAGACCAGCAAACAUCAAGGUUAAUUAACACAGACCAGCAAACAUCAGGGUUAAUUAACACAGACCAGCAAACAUCAGGGUUAAUUAGCACAGACCAGCAAACAUCAAGGUUAAUUAACACAGACCAGCAAACAUCAGGGUUAAUUAGCACAGACCAGCAAACAUCAGGGUUAAUUAACACAGAUCAGCAAACAUCAGGGUUAAUUAACACAGAUCAGCAAACAUCAGGGUUAAUUAACACAGAUCAGCAAACAUCAGGGUUGAUUAGCACAGACCAGCAAACAUCAAGGUUAAUUAACACAGAUCUGCAAACAUCAGGGUUAAUUAACACAGACCAGCAAACAUCAGGGUUAAUUAACACAGAUCAGCAAACAUCAGGGUUAAUUAGCACAGAUCAGCAAACAUCAGGGUUAAUUAACACAGACCAGCAAACAUCAGGGUUAAUUAACACAGACCAGCAAACAUCAGGAUCUAUUAGCACAGACAAGCAAAUAUCAAGGUCACUCAACACAGACCAGCAGGCACCAAGGUCACUUAGCACAAACCAAAAGAGUUCUCCGAGAGUGAAUCAAGCUAGGUUUUACCCUUCAAGCAACAGUAAUGCAGGCAAAAGUGUAAUUUCAGGUGAAACAGGUACUUCAGUUUCUUUGUCAGUCAAGAGUAAUGUAAACUCACAACACAAUUCAGAUCCACCAAGAAAAAGUGGCCAUAUGAGAAACGCCUCUGUAUCAGCACCUAAAUGGGUCCCUAGCAAUGGGCAUUCCUUACAUAAUCCUGACCUACCAAGUAAAAUUAAUCAGGUGAAAAAUCCAGUAGUAUCAGCUCUUGAGCAAAAUAAAUUAUCAAAUAACAUUAAAAGACAAUGUCCACCAGUUCAACAGGAUCAUCUGAGAAAUCCCUUAUUGUCAGGUCCUCAUUCACCACAGACAAUGACACCCUGCUCUCUCCCACUGCUCACCCAGAGUCCACGAAAGUUACAGAACUUCCGAGAUCGCAUAUCAUCAAAAGUUUCUGGAAAGAAUAAUUAUAAAACUCAAGACAGUCAGAGUCAACCCAUUUCCCCCCAGGUACCUGGUGCUCCAAACCAGCUGAGUAAACCAAACUCUGAGACUUUUUGUCAGAGGAAUGCUAUGGACGAUGGGACAAAAGUGCUGGAGACUGAUAUUGAUAGUGUGUUUAUAUCUAGCCACAGCUUGCCUGACAAACAGGUUCCUAGGAAAUCCAAACAACAGAUCUCACCUGACAAACACACACAGGGGAAACCUAACUUCCACGGAUUACCUGACAGACAGACACUCGGGAAAUCUGAACUCCAGGGAUCACCUAACAAACAUGUAGAAGGGAAACUAAAGAGAGCUGAGUCUUCAGAGACCAUCAUUUGGUAA